AUGGCUGGAAUAUACGCCAACGCAUACGUGAAGGCUAUUCUUUCUGGAAAUGGAUGGGAUGCCAACCGCAGCCUCCGCGGGAUUCAAGGGGUCACUUCACCUCGUCAGUUUCCAGGAAAUGCUUUUCUCACCUCGGGAGCUUAUGUUUCAAUACCAAUUGGCAACGUGGGAAUGCAACAAAACCGCGUGGCACGAAACAUUACUGUCGACAAUCCCGCACCCGCCAGCCGACUUGAAAACAUUAGUCCGUGGCAACUCGAAUCGAAUUUUUUUGCUACGCCUCAUGUACGACAAUAUGUUGCCUUGGUAAAUGAUCAUAGCAGACUAUCCGCAAUGAGGUCUCCAUUUUCGGGAACCGGGAUUUUUAUUUUGAUGUGUCCCUUCUUUGGCAACCAAGGGAGCCUACGCAAAGGCGUCGCAAUUCCACGGACAGAGAGAAUCCAUCUAGCUGGGCAAGAGCAGGGUGGGAAGGCGCGAUAA